AUGAUUACUCUGGAGGCCAGCGUGGCCACAUACGUUGCAUGUCUCUUCUCACCAAAACCUGGGAACGUUGAUGUACGCACGCGCUUGAUCCUUUGUCGGUUGGUCCGCAGUAUUUAGCCGUUUAUUAGAGGUGUUUGAUGUGGUAGAUAACGCUUGGCAUGUCCUCAGGCGAUAGUCAACCCCCUAGUCGAUUGUGCAAGCGAAGUAUUGUGACAACAGUCAAGCUUCUGGGACCCACGCCUAGUAACAAUGCCGUUUAUCAUGUAGCUUUUUAAAAUCCAACCAAAUAUUCGAAGACAUGGUCGACUUCACCGUUUUUUUCCAUGAAAUCCAACCGCUUAGGUUCUGUAUUAUUCAGCCCACCCGCUUACCUACGGUUAGUCGUCGCUCUGCUGCCUUUCACAGGCCCCAUUUUACACUUCUGUCCGGUCUUUGAAAGCUUAGUCUGAUCUUCAACCCCCUUGAGAUCCUGUUAGAAGGGAGCCAAUGUGUCCAGGGAUAUUUGGAUAUCAGGACUAAAACAUCCAAUAAUGCUAUUAUUCGCCUCCUUGGGCACCAGUCAUCUAAUGUGUCCCUGACGUUAUUAACAAGGUAUAUAAUGGACGGCCCCAUUAAAGUUCAAAAAACAGCAUAGGAAAGCACUUUCUGUUGUUCACGAAAUCGCGCAGUUCCUCGUCCUGUUAAACUCCACAGUGUUGACGUGCGUUUGUUUUGCCAAGCCACUUCCUUCCAAGGGGCGCGAAGGGACGGGCGUUGUCGGUCUUUCAUUGUUUGUCUGCUGAUUUGUGGUCAGUCAGGUCCGGCUCUUUGCAGGUACACAUUGGGCCGAUUGCUGUGUGUAUUACUUAAACCACACUAUUUCCGUCGUGGUUCUGAGACAAGAACAGACGGGGUUUCGUUUUUGGUACAGAACGCUUGGUGUAGCGCAAAUGCCAACUUUUGCCGCCAACUUUCCCUCACAGUUUGUCUGCUCACUUCCGCUUUUCGUAUCAGACUUUAGUCCUCCACCAGCGGUUCCUUCCUAACACAUUCGUUGUCAUAUCUUUCGUCUUCUGUCCUUUAACUCGCUUGUGUUACCUAUCCCUGAAAGCAUUACACUAGUAGCCGGGUGGCCAUGUACCUGUAGCCCGGUUUUUGCUCGAAGUCCUUGACUGAUUAUCUGCUUGACUUAAUUACUCGUUAACGUGGAAACCUCGGGUACGAUGCGACCUCGGAAAGUUCCCUUCUCAGGCCGCGGGACUCCCUGCGGCCUGGCAAUAAAUUCGCCCUCGCUCGACAAUCGGUGCAAAACCGAUGUGUGUACGUUGCCCGCCGACAGCUGGAUAAGAAGAGCGAAACAAUUUAGAGGCCUGGACAAGAAGUUGUCCCAUUGAGCCGACUCCAAAAGGUUUGCUCUUUCCGUGCGUGCGUACGUCAUUGAGGCCUUUGGUGCCGCAUGUAAGAGCGACCUGACGGGUAGGUCGUGUCUACCAGGCACCGAAAAGAGUUAACCAAUAACAAAACUAUCCACGGACUCACAAAACGGUGUCAGUGAGAGCUAGCAGUGUACUAGUGGAAUGCCAUCAGGGAACUUCGGGACGACAGAUAAUCUAGCUACAGGUUGCUUUCAGGGUGUCUCUUACUCCUAAUCAAGCCUUUUGUACUAUCGAGCCUUCCUGGAUGUAAUCGAUCAACAAUUUUUUGCUGGUUCGGAACUUGUACAGGCACGGGCGCUGCCGGGAGCGUCAUAGGUAGCUCUGAUGUUUUUCUGCGGCAGUCGACUGAAAUACAGAAUUUGCAAGCCAGCAAGUGUCUUAAGUAAAGCGUAUUCACCUAGCUCAAAGUCCCAACUACGAAUCAUGCCGCUCUUGAAGAAAAUACUACCUACCUAGCUCUCACUGGUGGUCUACUACGACGGUUUAACUAGCUUCUGGCGUUAGAAGUGUAAACAAAGUUUAGUGGGGCCAGGAUCUCGAUUAGCAUUCCACAGUGCCGUUGUAUGCUUUGUGUGUUUUCGAUUAAUCCUCACAACAGGUCAGACAAGGCGUCCGUUAAAGGCUUCUGCCGUCUGACUAUCUACUAUUCUACCUCGGCCAACUCACAACCAGUCUUCUCCGGGGUCCCAAAAUAGUUUUUGGUGGACGCGUUCUUGACUAGCAGAGUAUUCAUAGUUCUCACUUGCGCUCUGUCGUUAUGCGAUAUUUAGACUGUAUUGACCGCCACAUUAACUUCUAACUAUUUCAUUGAUUUCUCCUGAGAUCGGUGUGAGCAACUUGUUACCUUUAGUUGUUUGGAUUGGGCGUGUUCUGCGCUUUCGUAUUAGAUGGUAUUAAUGCGCGUAAGUGCGCAAAUUCACAAAAUGGCCCCGCAGUACUUCCGCAGAUGCCCAUGUGCGCUCGCAUGGUGAGAUUAGCAGCCGUCGUAUGGCAUGAAGAAAACAAGCUUACGAGCCAAGAUAGUUUAGAAGCCCGUAGUGUCGUUAAAUAGGAUUGAGUGGGCGGAUUCACCCCCAAGCUCUAGACCCUUUAGUUAUGCCCUGAUCGGGUUGUUUUUGUCUUUUAUCACUUCGUCAUAGCCAUCGUCGGGCUAUAAGAUAGUCGCCAUUUUUGCGCUUCAUACGAAACUGCGCAUACAACUAAUUUUCCAAAGCAUGCACCCUCUGUAAACCACGACGCAGUGGGAACUAAACUACCAGCAUGUUGAUAAACAGUGCAUGGGGAGAAACGUAAUAGAGUUGUAAUUCCUACUGUAGACGUCCCGGGUUUUCUUGUGGUUUGGUGUUCCGCUUUCACAUCUUGCCAAACUUACGAGACCCCAUUUAUUUUCUCAGAAAUGGCCUGCGUCGCACUAAAACGUUCAUGCGCCUUUGAAAUCUUGGGGCCCGCCUCAGCUAAGCGUCAUCGAUGUUCUUCCACACUUCCAUGCAACUGCCAGCUGCCAACACCAAAAUCAGUCUUCACCCCCGCUGCAGAACUAACCCGCUGUAAGUUGCUAUGAUUUAUUUACUUCUCAUAAAACUCAGGCAACACAAGUUUUGUAUUUGGUACGGCUGCGAUCAUGUCUGAUCCAGCCGACCUAGAUUUUGUCCUGAACUGUACCUCCACGCGUGACGAUCAGCGGCAACAGAUCCGGACAUCUCAGCUCAUUCUCUUUGCCAGCGACGGAGGCCAAAUACCGAAGGUCCAAGAACCACUUCAAUGACUUGACGAGCUAGUCGAGCCAGGUUUUGAGUUGAACCUCUCUUCGACCUUCCCAAUUGGGUAACGGUGCCGGGUUGAGGGCAUUAAUACCGAGCUCCCGAGGUAGACGACGAAGAACAUGCCCAAGCCAGCUUAGUCGGCUUUCUUGGAUAGCCUGGGUUAUCCUUGUGAUAUUGUCGCAGCGAGCGCGGACUGUCUAAUUUGAGGCGAAGUCGGUGUAAUUCACUCGAAGCAGUGGUAGUCGAAUACCUCCAGUUUUCGCUCGUUCUCCACGCACACAGCCCAGCACUCGUAACCGUACAGAAGGACGGACUGGACAGGUGCACGGUACACGCGAAUCUUAGUGGCGAUGAUGUCGCAUCAGACCCAUAGGCAUUUCCUAAGGCCUGAAAAAACCCAGCUGGUAACAUCUAUUCGGGAGACAAUGUCGUCCUUACUCUGUCCAUUCGGCAGCAACCUCGUCCCGAGGUACUUAAAACUGUCUACUUCAAGUUGACAGCUAUCAAUCCCGAACGGUGCCUUCUGGUUAUGGAUAAACUGACCGAUUUAGCGACCUCGUUCACCUGUAACGCUAUAGGCUGAAAAUCACCAAAACUUAAAGCCAGUAAGGUGAUAUCAUUGGCAUAGUCGAGUACGUGCAGCCAGUGUCCGGGUGUAAGCUGAACACCGUCAUCUUCGUGUAGGGCCCCCUAGAAUCCAGUCAAAAGCGUAGUUUAACGGAAUGAGCGGCAGGAUACAACCCUGUCGAACGUAAGACCGAACACCGAACGGUUGGUAUUGUUAUGGGCCAGAACUCGUACAGUGUUCAAGCUGUAAUAAGCCUUGAUCAUGGCGAUACUAUUUGGCGGUACACCAUCUAGCGCCAUUGUCCGCCAGGGGGACUGACGGAGCAUCGAAGUCAACAAAACGGACGGUUGUCAGUUGCUGGUACCUACGGCGGAAUCCAAGUAUGCGCCUCAGUUUGAAUACCUGGUCCGUACACCUACGUCCAGCAGGGAAUCCGCGGACGCGCACAGCUUAGGAUCCGCCGCGGACACUGGUGAAGGUCUUCGCAACAACGUCUAUGAGACCUAUGCCGCGGUAGUUCUUGCAUCUUGUCUUCUCUCCCUUCUUGAGGAUAGGUAAAAGGAUGCCUGAGUCCCCCAGUCAUCAGGAGAAACCUCGUUUCUCUACGCUUGUUCAAUCACUUCAUGGAGCCAGGGCGCCAGAGUGUCGACACAAGACUUGUAGAUUUCAGCGGGUGUACUGUUCUCUUCGGGUGCCUUGUUGUUGCGCAGCCUAUACAUAGAAUCAGCGAUCUGCCUCAGAAGAGGGGUCGCAGGACACUGCAUAGGUUGGAGAGGUGAGAAGCUCCGCUGCAGAGGAGAGCAAGGGCGUGAUGGGUUGGGCGUAAAAGUUGAGAUGGCGCUCACGCCAUGGCUCGACUUUGGUCGAUUUGUCAGCAAUAAAGCCGCCUUCCACGUCGCGAACAGUCACUUAGCGCAGAAGGCUUACCGCCAACUUGGAGGAUAAUUCGGUAGAGUUUUCGAGUGUCACCAGCAUUCGUAGCCUGUUUCAUUUAGGUCGCAAUUUCAGCCAAAUAUUUCCUUCGGUCACCCGUUUUCGACUUUGGCGUCAUCUUCUGGAGUUGACGGAAGGAAGCAUCAUUACGGGACCUGGCCCGAGCCGUCUGAGCGGAUAGCUGCAGGGUUCUUCCGCUGAUCCACACACUGCGGCGUCCCUGGAUACGUCCAGGGAUUUUCUCAGCUGCUCAUGACUGAUGUUUUCAAUGACAACCGCUGGUUACUGCCUUCUCCAUCGUCUCGGGUCGUAAAACAGGACUGGAUUUCUCUGCUUAGGACAUCGGCAGUGUGGGGCUACCGGAUUUUUGCGACAUCAACGAGUCUAGGACGUGACAUUUUGGGCGCGGAUGAGAGGUGAACUUUCAAGCGUGUGCGAACGAGAACGUGGUCCGACUCGUGAGCGUCACCAGUCUCGGCACCACGCAUAUAACUAGCUCACGUGAGCAAAUAGACCAGAAAUGACCGUUCCAGCAUCUGCUAUUUUUCGCUACUAUGCCUCAGACUAAGAUGCAAUCAAACUUGCCACCACAUUAUCAGGUGCAAAAGCCGUGGCCAGCUGGCCAGUUCAUGUGUCAGACGGUCUGUGUUUGGUUUUGUCUUCCCUCGGUACCUGAAUUCUAACGUGGACGUCUGAGUCGCACCCCGUUUGAUUUAGUCCGACUAGUGCGAUUACCGCGAUGCAUCUUUGUCUGGUUGGAUUUCGUAGGAGCAGUCGGCCCAUCCCAUGUACCGGGAAUGAGUUUCGAAUGACCAGUUUUCCUGAUCACAGUUACCCAUGUCCUUAGCUUUACUUACAGGAAUACUUAGCUCCGAUGUGAUGCGCCUCCACGUGUUCUGCGAAGGCCAUGUACGGAAUCAUUUUACCGUGUGGCUGUUUCACUUCUUUCUGUUAAGCAUGUUUAAUUCAAAUACUUUCUAAACAGACUAUCACCCCCUACCUGCUGUUUUUUUAAAGAUUAACUCAGUGGCUAACUUUUCUCUCCCGUCCUGAUUAUAUUUUCAAGGGCCUGAAAACUGCAAAGUCCGAUUGUCUUUUAAAGCCAGCGCAAGUCGGAAUAACGUCUUGAGGAAAGGUUCCUUCGCCAUUGAUGUUGUUCAGGCUAGUUACCUUAGGUAGCAGAAAAUGGAAAGAAGUCCUAAAUGAAUUCUGUUCGUGCGUGUCUGCCCUAGGGUCACUGUGUAGUAAAGCUUGUUGACUGGCCUGUGCGAGUGUUUUGGGGCAUGCAGCAAGUAAACUGAAGUUGCGCAUAUUUGAAGCACUACCGAUCGACUCGUAAUGAUAUGCGGGACAGGAUUUUUUCGUGGACUCCAACCUAUACAAUCUGAUGUCUGGUCGUCGCUCGUUUGUAAUACCACCAAGGGCCUGACCCCGUAAAUCUGUGCAUCAAGCGGCUUCUCAGCCCUCUUUUAUUAGCUUACUCCUGCAUGACUACUAAUUUGUCCGAAGAUAUCAUGAAAUCAAGCGCUCUAAUCAGUUCGCAUGUUGUCCAAACAUCAAGUACGUGCAGUUUGCGUUUGUGCUUUAGUCUGCGCUUAUUACACUACGAGCCUCCCAGGCCCGGAAGCUGUGUUUGCUCUAAGGGCGUGACGAAGUGACUGACACCUGGGAGUGUUCAUGUGACUGUCUUCUGCGUCCUUUAUUGGUAUCUUUUCCUUGUCAUUGUUCUACUUUGGUGUUUGUUUGGUGCUUUCUUCGAUACUGCACAUGAACAGCAAAUUUAUUUGUUACAUUCACCCCUGGCUUCUCAGUAUUGUUACGGACCUUUUUUCGUCCACUUUUUGUACCGAGAAUAACAACCGAGGUAGUAAUCACUUGCGCGUGAAUUUGGUAUAGUGAGGUGGGACGUCUCAUUUUCACCCCACGCUGAUGUCAAUCGUUUUGCAGUUGAGGCUUAAGUCAAGAUAACUGAUACCGAGAUUGGUUUUUCUGACUGAUCGCCCACAUGACGCCUUGGAAGGUCUCGACUGAAUCCAACUUUGCCAGUUUUAUCACCAUAUCCUUAAGUGUAUACUAGCCUCUGUGGACCAAGCUCCAGGGUCCUUCAGUCAAGGAGCCAACUUGUGCACGCAGCAGACCGUAAUCGGAUUAGAUGUCGCGUCUGAUCGCCACCUAGGGUCGAUAAACACCGAAGAACUUCCAAGUCGCACGUGUCCUGUCGGACGCAAUUGUGCUGAAUAUCUGUCGGUCCUGAAUAUCGAAAUAAGGGCCUGCGCUGGACUUAUUUCGCAGUCAUUCGUGUUUCUUGAAAAGGAUUUUACUCCCAAAGAUUACCUUGGUUUGUACCUGUGGAUUUGUCAGACAAUCUUUUAACAUAACGGGCAUCUUUUUGAACAUGUGCUUUCAGCCCAGAUCCAGCGCAGAUUACGCGAGGAAGUGAAACGCCUUCAACGUCGAAGAUUGCUCCCACGUCAUCCUCUCAGUCGUACUCCACAGAACGAUGGUGACGCCUUUGGAGAUCGACCCAGUUCUCCCGAAGGUAUGUUCUUACCAUACAGUAGAUGUGCUAAGAUCGUAAGGAACACUCAUAUGCAAUAUGGAAGGAUCACAAUAGGUGUGCUUACUUGUGAAAUGUUGACCGAAAUUCUGAAAUGCGUCUUCGACUGGGAAAUACCACUCGAGUAGAGCUGUAAGAUUAAUAACCGUACAGCAUAAUCUCAAGACAUUUGAGCUACUUUGGGAUGCCGACUUUUGAAGGAACUUCCUUUCGACCACCUGCAAAAAUUCUACUCUGCAAAAAUGACCACUUAUGUAGUAUGACUUUUUCUAACUAACUUUUGAUGCCUUUAUAAGUUCACAUAUUUUUCAUAGAAGGCACGCGCGAAAAUACUGAUUGUUUUGCUCAUUUGGUAGAAAAUCACAUCUUCAAAUGUUAUAAUUGAACGAAGUGCGUAAUUCGGUUUUAGAACACCUUUCCAAUUCCCAAUAAUUUUGGACCCGACCUGCCGUUGCACAUUAAAAUUUUAUACUUUUACUUCACACUUGCAUUCAGGGUUUCCAAACUACAAACUGUAUAUUCGAUGUACGGAAAUCAUGCAUUCCUAGACGAUAUUGAGAGGAGACCAUAUGGAGUUCAUGAAAUUUUGUGGUGGAUUUGAGCCACAUUGUAAACUUUACAAGCAACCUUAGUAAAUUCAGAGACAAGAUGUUUUAUGAACGGACGUGUCAUUGUCUUAAAAAGCUCAUAAUUAGAAACUUUCUUAACACCCUGCCAUACCCAUUCUUCAAGUAUAAAAUUUAAAGACGUAAUUUUCUACCAGCUAAGUAGAAAGAUGAAUAUUUUUACUCAUGUUUUCUAUGAAAUUUAUAAGGGCAUCAGGAAUUAGUGAGAAGAAUGCAUACUACAUAAGUAGCCAUUUUUAGUCUAUUUCUUAUAGGCUACCGGAAUAAAGUUCAUUCAAAAACCGGCAUCCUGAAUUAACUGAAUUAUCACGGGAUAAUGCUGCAUGAUGAUUAAUAUUACGACCCUACUUAAGUAAUUUUUUCGAGUUGAAAACGAAUUUCAGAAUUUCGGUCAACAUUUCAUGAGUUAGCACAUCUAAUGUACUUAUUGUAGUGCGUACUGAGUGUCCGAGGUUUAUCUAGACGAGUUUGCGCAUAGAAUAUUUCUCCCGUGACUUUCAGUUCUCCAUGUUGUCUGAAAACUACAUUUUUACGCCUAUAGCUAACACUUCUGUCGGUCCUCUAAUAUACGAGUAUGCCUGUUGGCAUGGCCUCUCAAUAGUCACUGUUACGUUGGGUCCUGACUUUGUGCUUGUGACACAGUCUAUUAUGCAAAAGUUAUGAUUUUUCAAACCAUUCCCUUGUACAUAGUAUAUUAAAGAGCAAGGGCUGCAGUAUCUAGAUUUUAUUGUAUCCUUUAAGAAUCAGCACCACCAGCCUGCUCCUCCGUCAUCACGAGUAUGCGCUCAAUGGCUAUCCGUUCCCCCAAGUCAGACUGCCAAACCGACUCCGAAAAUGAGCAAAACCCAGAACCCCCUUCUCCAGUCCGCCUAUCCGACCGGCCUGUCCGCGAACUCCAACACACCGAGUGCCCUGCCUCUGAACGGCUGUCUACUUCAGGUAGGUCACGCACUUUCAUUGGGCCUAAUCGACUUUUCAGAUUCCGUACCUCUCUUCACGUUGCCACAAGUUACUGCCCUCUGUGAUCGCCUUAUCCGAGAAAGGGAAGAUCAGCUUCGCGAGGAGUACGAUAAUAUUUUAUCGUGCAAAUUGGCCGGUAAGUUAGCCUUAUGUAUAUUUUCGACACAGCCUUUGUUGACCUUAUUUUUGACUGACCUCCACGGGUGAAGUAAUAUUUGUUUUCUUCUCAUAUCACGGUCGAGUCUGUCUUCCUCUUUUGUAGAGCAAUACGAGGCCUUACUGAAGUUUAACCAGGACCAGCUCUGCCACCGGUUCCAAAAUGCGCCCAUGAACUGUAAGCUCCCCCCCCCCCUUCCAAACCUACUUUGUGCUCGGUUAUUUUAAGCGGUUCAAUUUUGCUCGACAGAUGUUAUUGUCUUGUUUGGUUUUGACUACAGUGUGUCCAUCAUGUCUGUUAUGUAAAUUAUCAGUCGACUAAGUUGUGUUUGGGUUGGCCUAGCUAAAUCGAUCUCCUCUGGCAACAAAUGGACAAACUGACCUUGGCACAUCUUUCAGCGUUUCGGGUCGAUGUCUUGCGCUGAUUUUCCGUGUUUUAUUUGGGAAACAACGGACACAUGUGUUCUUUAACUAAAUUAAGAUCUGCCAUGCGUAGUUUGAGGGGGGAUUCGUGUGUUACGUCUGUGCAUUAGUACCAAAUGAAAAGGCGGGCGUUAUGAGCUCUUGCUUUUUAUGGAAAGAUUGCGUCUGACUUGUACCAUUUCACCACGGUAUGCCAUUGGUCAUCUACAAAGCUGAAACAGGGCCACACUAUACAAUGCGUGGUUUGUGAAGAAAAGUGUGUUUUGAAAAGUGUAGUCAAUUGUCCAAAUGAGUAGUUUAUUAGUAGUAUAGUCAGGUAAGAGGCAUUGGGAACUGUUUACUAGCCUUAACCGGAUAAGCCUUCUGUUUCACGAGAGGGCCGUGCACACACGUCCGCCGUCUGCAUAUUAAUGCACCCGGGCUGUUUUUGAGGAACUUUUGUGUCACAAAAACAGCGACACCGCGAGACGUGGUUCAUAGGAGCGGUCAACUAUGUUCUUAGACGCAUGGACAAAAAACUGCCGCCUAGUCAUAGUAUUUUCGGGACGCGUUUUCAUUUUCACCAGAAACCGCCGCCGUUCCUAUGCUAUGUGUUUAGGCCUGUUGUUUUUUUCCAGUGUAUCAAGUCUUGGCUAGCAAAUGUGGACUACUAGCCACUUAUCGAGCGAAGUCGAUGCAGGCGCAUCUGGAUGGGCAACAUUGAGUUUCGGUGUGGACCAGCUGUCAACUUGUAAGAUGUUACCAGUAAGGACACAGGAAUCCGAGAUGGCCAUUUCCGGUAUAUUUGCUGUAAUCGGUAAAUCAUACGCAGACCCGAGUCUCAAACUAAACAAACCAUGUACUCGCGUUCUGUCUGUUGCGGUCGGUGGGGAGCUUUUCACUGAUCUAUCUUGAUAGCAGCACUCAUGAAUGGAGAUUUUGUGUCGGACGAUCCACUGCACUCAAGCCCACCCCUAGUCGUCUCAACCACUUUUUUCCAUUUACAGCAUGAGGGAUGUGAAAAGCGAGAAAUUAGUGCUAAUACUGCGCAAGUUGCCUUUAACAUAAUCCAGUUAGCGCGCCCACGUCACUACUGCCCCCUGGGAUGAUGUCUGCAAUUGUCGUGUUCGGGAGACAGGCUAUUACUUAGUUGUCAGCGUUUCCGCCCUCCAGGCUUGAUCUGUUACCCAUGUGUUUUUGACCUCACUAAUUGUCUCCUGAUUCUUUUUAGACGUGUCGUAG